AUGUCCUCGUUGACUUCAGUCAGCCGUGAGCUGCAAUCGACGGAUUCCAUGGUUACUGUUCCUCUCUCAGAUGUGUCAUUUGGCCCUAAGACCACAGACUCUGUUUGUCGUACUUCUACUCUCCUUUCGUCUCCAAUCGUAGAGGAACCUCAAGAUAUUGUCGAGGGAGAAGGCAUUGUCCCACCAAACGAGGACACUCCACAGCGACGAUCCAACAAUCAAUCGGGAAGCACACGAUCUUCUUCCUCUACAAGUUCUAGAAGCAGUCGUGGAAGCAGUGAGCCGGGAUCUCGAGAAGGAAGUGAGCAAGUGGACUGGAGAGAACUCGAGAAAACUGAGCAAUUGGAGUCCAAGAGCGAUCCUGGAGAUGAGUCUACUGCUCUGCUCCUUGCGAGACUUGAACAAGAAAACAAUGCUCUGGCUGGCAACCCCAAGUCAGGCUCACAUGUUCGAAAGGACUCCCGUCCCCCAUCUCUCCAUCAGAUCAGAAAGCUCGUGGACGAACCGCAGAGAGCUUCCUUACGAUUUUCCCAGCUGCCCACUCCUCAGAUGACCGAGCUGGACUUCUGGGCGGCGCUUGUUGCUGACUAUAACCACACUGCCUCUCGAUUACCAACAUUAACCUCAAACAAGAUAAGAGCAGGUGUUCCUCCACCGCUAAGAGGAGUGGUAUGGCCCAGCCUCGCUGGUGCUAGAGACUCAGAUCUUUUAGAUGAAUUUGCGAGACUCACCGGAGUGACCAGUCCGUAUGAGGGCUUAAUUGGCAAAGAUAUUGGUAGAAGUUUCCCAAGUGUGGAGAUGUUUCGCGAUCCUAAUGGAGAGGGACAACAGAUGUUAGGAAGGGUAUUGAGGUCUUUUAGUCUUUAUGAUGAAAAGAUUGGGUAUUGCCAGGGAUUGGGUUUUGUUGUUGGCCCUCUUUUAAUGCAUAUGAGCGAUGCCGAGGCAUUUUGCGUGCUUGUCCGGUAUGGAGGUAGCGCAGAUGCACUAGUCCAUGACUUUGUAUCUUUGACCUCCCUUGUGACACGCGAAAGCCUCCAUCAACUGGAAAUAAGCUAUAAAGAAUCGCAAGGAACCUCAACUAGUGUUUCCUUUCCUCAAAUGCAGGCUGUCGCUUCCAGGUUUCUAGGUCGACUUUGGGCCGGAUCCGGAUCCCAUAAUUCUUCCAGGUCCCUUACUCUGAACCUCAAUCCCCCUCCGCUGGUUUCACGCCCCUCUAGUGUUGUGCGACGCACUCCAUCCAAACAAAGUAUGGCAUCUACAUUGAAUUCCUGCGAGUCAGCAUCUGAUGCUAGUACCGCCCCUACAGAACCAUCACCAGUCUCAAUAUCCGCCGUGGAUUCGAUAAAUCGUAAGAAGAAGAUGGCUGGAAUGUCAAACCAAGACAGAGACUUACACAGUCAGAUAGAAGAUCUGCUGACGGCUCUGACGGAUAUGCAACGUGAACAAGCAGCCUUGGCUGAAGAGCUCCAAAGAGAGAGGGAGGAGCGAGAAGAAGAUCAGCAAACUGGGAGACAGAUGCUUGAAUAUUUGAGAGAACAUUCUACCUAUGAUGAACAUGCAGCCCUACUCGCAAAAGCCACUAAUCGAUUUUCUCCUACGGCAUCUCGACGUGUCUCAAUAAACCAAACAAAACACGAGCUCCGAGACGAGAUGAUUAAGUGGAAGGAGAAAUAUGCACAGGAAGCUUCGAUUUGUAAGGAUUUGAGCAGACGCAUUGACGAUAAGGAUGUAGAGUGUUCCCAAAUGAAAGACGAGCUGAAAAAGGCACAAGCUCGCUUACAGGAGUUCCACAAAGACAAACAACGGCUCGAGAAAGCUAUCCAAGAAUUACGUGUGAGAAAAAAUUCCCCAUCGGAGAGCCCUCACGAGCCUCAAGGCUCAUCAGGCUCCUCGGAUAGGGGAUCAACUGGCCUGCGUGAAUUCAAGCUUUGCAGAACUGCUUCAUCAGCUUCUACAUUUUCGAAACGAACCAGCAGCCUUGGAGCACAGGCGCUUGUGUCCAGCGAGGAUUCCCGCGUGGUUCCCGACGAGGGUCUUCUCCUAGAGCUUGUCAAUGCAAAAACUGCGGAGGCGGUUGCUCGACAGGAACUCGAAGAGGUGAAAGGAAAAUUGGAUUCGCUAAGGAAGUUGAUGAGCUGUUCGACAGAUAACUUAGCGAAAAGGCCAGGUCCGAUAGACCUGGCACGCAGUCUUACUGUUAACAGCCCUCCGAAGUCGAGAAUGUUUCCAAACUCCCCCACGGAAUCUUCUAAAAUGCAAGAAGCCUAA